UCCAGAGUUAUCAUUAUUCUUUUGGUUCCACCAGCCACUUCGAUUAAUAUAAGUCCGUCAACCUAAGCUCUGGUUUUCUCCUACCAAGAAAUUAAACGAUGGCCGAAGCAUCAACCUUUCUUGUCUUUUGCAGGUAUGCAGUCGUUACGGGAUCGAACAAGGGGAUCGGGUUCGAAAUAUGCAGACAAUUAGCUUCGACUGGAGUGACUGUUGUCUUGACCGCGAGAGAUGAGAAGAGAGGCCUUCAAGCAGCUGGAGAACUCCAAAAGAAUUCCAGCCUUUCGGGCGGUGCCGUCAUCUUCCAUCAGCUCGAUGUUGCUGAUCCUGCUAGUGUCGCUUCUCUUGUGGGUUUCGUCGCUACCCAGUUUGGCAGGCUUGAUAUCUUGGUAAAUAAUGCUGGAAUAAGUGGACACAUCAUGGACUGUAAUGCUCUGUCCAAAGCUGUUGAACUUGCUGGUGGUGACUUUCCACUUGGCGAGGAAGUUUGGAAAGAGAUAUCGACCGAGGACUAUGGAAUGGCAGAAGAAUGCGUGAAGACAAAUUAUUACGGUGCCAAAUCCGUGACCGAAGCGCUCCUUCCGCUCCUCCAUCUGUCUGAUUCACCGAGAAUCGUAAAUGUCAGCUCCAAGUUGGGGGUCCUAGAGUUCAUACCGGGAGAGUGGCCAAGGCAGGUAUUUAGCGACGUCGAGAACCUCACGGAAGAGAGAGUGGACCGAGUCCUGGAGUCAUUCCUGCAGGAUUUCAAAGAAGGGGACUUUGGAAAGAGGGGUUGGCCAACCCAUAUCUCAGCAUACAAAGUCUCGAAAGCAGCCCUGAAUGCAUACACAAGGAUCAUGGCCAAGAAGCUGCCAUCUUUCUUGGUGAACAGCGUGUGCCCUGGCUUUGUCCAGACCGACAUGACUUGCAAUACCGGACUCUCCACUCCUGCACAGGGGGCUGAGAGCCCUGUAUGGCUGGCUCUGCUUCCUCAGGGUGGUCCAAGCGGCCUCUUCUUUGAUAGGAAGCAAGUCUACAGUUUCUCGUCUCUUCCUAACUUGGCUUCCCGUGUCGAGGAAUGAUUCGAUAUCCUUUCUCUGUUUUUCGUCGAUUUUUUUUUUCUGUUUCGUCUUUGUAACAAGCACUUGUUUGAACAUUUAGUGGGUAACAACAUGGUGGUAGUAAAUGAAAUGUUUAUGAGUGCUUCGAUUC